GAAGAAUAGAGAAAAAAAUAGAGGAGAAAGAAAAAGAAGAAGAGAAAAAAACUGUGUAAAUUUUCACUUGAUUUUAUUUAUUCAGUUUGUUGUUAUUGUCUUCAACUAAUAAGUAUUUAAUAAAUUUUGUUUUUAAAAGUGGAAUGUGUGUGUUGCGGUGCAUUUGUUUUGUUGUUGAAAUAUUUAUGAAAAUAAUUGUUUAAACUAAAAGCUAUAAAAAGCAAAUGCCCAAAAAAUAUGGGGUGGAUAAAUUAAAAAAGAAAUUUAAACAAAAAAUAAAACCUAGCAAAAAAAGUGUAAUAAUAAAAUAACAAACAAAACUGUCAAAAAAUUAUUUGUUUUAAAUUAACAAAAAUAAGUGUGUGUUUUUUAACAAAAAAAGUUUGCUAAAUUAUCUAAUAACUAAUAGAAAUUUUAUUUCGUUUUGUUUUUUUUUUAACAGCAAAUCUGUAAUUAUUUGGACUUUUAGUUAUAAAUUUUCUUGGCCGAAAUUUUUAAGAGAACAAAUUCUUAUCAUUAGUUGGACAAUUAAAGAAAAAAAUGGCAUAAAUUCCCCCAGCAUUAUGGAAAUGUUUUGACUUUGAAAGCAUUAUAUUGAUUAUAAAACAAAUUAGAAUAAAAAUUAACAUUUAUUUUGUAAAUAAAAAUAAAAUGUUGUAUUUGAGAAAUCAUUAAAAUUGAUUUGAGAUUUAUAUAAUAACACUGCAGCUCUCUUUAAGACACUCUCUCAUUGUGAGUGUGUGCAUUUGCUGAAAGAGAAAGAGAGUGGGCUGGCGCGUUGAAAAAGAGUGCAGUAGAAAUUCCUUAACAAAUUAUGGAUGGUUUACAUCUGGGUAGUCAAUUAGCUAAAGAUCAAUUGUUGCCGAUGCAACCACCCUCAUCAUCAGCAGUCUCAUCAUCAUUGUCACUGCAACAGCAGCAGCAGCAUCAUCCACAACAACAUUUAUUAUUACAAACUCGAACCGGAAGUCAGUCACUUUUGCGCACAAGUAGAUCACCAUCCGCUACUCGUAGCACCGAACAAAUGUCCAGAGAGCGUGAUCAUCAUACUCAUCAUCAUCGCGGUGAUAGCGCCGAAUCAUCGUCUUCGGCCGCUGGCGUGGCAUUUGCAGCUGGCCCCACAGUAUCUACGGCUGCGGCUGCAAGUAUAGCAGGCCUAACACCGGCCACGGCAACGAGUGCUACCAGCAGUAGUGGCACAAUGACUGGCAGUGUGGGCAGUGGUGGUGGCGUGGGUGUGGUGGGCGUGACCGCCUUUCGCGGGUUUCGCAGUCAAUCGCCCUCGAAUCGUCGCAGUCGCGAUCGCAAUCGUACACACGCUCGUACCCAUGGCUCGGAUCAGGGUGGCCUGUUGGCCUAUCAUGGCGCCAUGGGUGUUAGCGGUAUGCCUCUGGGAGGUGUUGGUGGUUUAGCUGGUGAUUUAACUAAUAUGGAUAUAGGUUUAAGUAGUGCUGGUGGUUCUGGUGGUAUCAUAGAAGAUUCACGUUUAUCAGGCAAUGAAGAUCUGUGCUAUCAAUCGUUUGUCUCCGAUGAUUUAGAUGGCAAUCCUCAUGGUUCAUUGGGCGAUAGUAGUAAAAAACACCAUCGUCGUCAUGAACGCACUUUAAGUUUACAAGCUUUAGAUCGUUUAAAUACAAAAAUUCAAUGUACAAAAGAGUCCAUACGCAAAGAACAAACUGCCAGAGAUGAUAAUGUUAAUGAAUAUUUAAAAUUAGCCGCCAGUGCAGAUAAACAGCAAUUGCAACGAAUAAAGGCUGUUUUCGAAAAGAAAAAUCAAAAAAGCGCACACACUAUUUCCCAACUACAAAAGAAACUGGACAGUUACACGAAACGUGUCAAAGAUUUGCAAAAUCAACAAUUUCAUAAUAAAUCACAACACCGACAACCGCGCGAAGUUUUAAGAGACGUGGGCCAGGGUCUAAGAAAUGUGGGUGGCAAUAUACGUGAUGGCAUUACUGGAUUCUCAGGGUCUGUUAUGUCCAAACCUAGGGAAUUUGCACAUUUGAUUAAGAAUAAAUUUGGCAGUGCUGAUAAUAUCAAUCAAAUGUCAGAAUCUGAAUUGAAUAGUUUAAACAUGCCUGUGAAUCAACAUGAUAUGUUGGGCAGUACCACGCCUAACAAUGCUAUACCCAACGCCUCAACGGGUUCGGGCGGUGGUGGUGGCGGCAUUAAUGCCGGUGGUGCUGGCAGUGGUAAAUUUAAUAGUGAAAAUGGCAGCGAGUGUAGCAGCGUCACAAGUGAGAGUAUACCAGCCGGCUCUGGAAAAAGUCAAUCGGGUGCCAGCCAGUAUCAUAUUGUUUUAAAAUCCCUAUUAACCGAAUUGGCCGAACGAAAAGCAGAAAAUGAAAAACUGACUGAGCGUGUGGAACGUUUAGAGAAUGCUCAAAAAGAGGUGAACAAUCUGACAGCGACACUGGAAAGUGAACGUUAUCGUGCGGAAAGUUUAGAGGAACAAAUUAAUGAUUUAACGGAAUUACAUCAGAAUGAAAUCGAAAAUCUAAAACAAGCUAUAGCCGAUAUGGAAGAAAAGGUGCAAUAUCAAAGUGAUGAACGUCUGCAAGAUGUCAAUGAAGUUCUAGAAAAUUGUCAAACUAGAAUUUCCAAAAUGGAACAUUUAUCUCAACAACAAUAUGUAACCGUCGAAGGCAUAGAUAACUCCAAUGCCCGGGCUUUGGUGGUGAAACUUAUAAAUGUGGUAUUAACUAUAUUGCAAGUAGUGCUGUUAUUAGUGGCCACAGCGGCCGGUAUUAUAAUGCCAUUUUUGAAAACUAGAGUCCGCGUUUUAACCACUUUCUUAUCGAUAUUUCUUAUAAUUUGUGUGAUACGCCAAUGGCCUGAUGUUCAGGAUAUUGGCGCUGGUUUAUUGCGUCAUUUGAAACAGUCGUUGGUUGUUAAAUAGAUUUAUGUACGACGUGCUUUGUCUGUAUAUAUUAAAAACAAAUUGCACUCUUUAUUUUUGUAUGUAUUACACGUGCUACGAAAUGAAAAGAGCUUAAAUUAAUGGUGUAUAAAAUUAUUAAGCACAGUCCGUUUAUAUAUAUAAAUAUUUAAAUUAUAAAUAAUAAUAAUAAGUUAGUAAAGAAAACAAAACAUUAAUCAUUUAAACAAAAAAAAUUCCUAAAACAUUUAUAAUUAAAUCAUUUUUAAAAAAUAAUUAUUAUAAAUAGCAAGAAACAUCACACUUAUAUUUAAAAAAAAAUACAUAAACACCACCAUUAGACCAACCAAAAACGACCACCUUUAAUUCAACAUCUUCAUUAUUAUUAUUUCUUUUUAUUUUGGAAAAGAAAUUUCUAAAUUAAGAUCCAUUUAUACAUCCUUUAGUUUUAAUGUAAAUUAUAAGAAAAUAAAACAAAACAGAAAAACAAUGAAAAAUGUAGCUAUAAUUAGUGAAAACAUAAAACCCACAACAUUUGUGUAUUUGUUUAGAAUUCAUUUUUAUAUAUUACAUACAUAAUAAUAAAAAAACAACAAAAAUUUAAAUAAUAGUUUUAUUAAGAUUAAAAUUAAGAUUGUUUAACAAAAGUAGAAUUCAUAAAUUUUAAAUAUAUUUGUUCUGUAACUGAAAACUCUUAUGAAUUAUUAAAAAUUUUCACUGAAACUUCUAUUAAAACUUGAAAAGUUGUUAAACAUUUCUAAUAAUUUGUAAUAGUUGUUUUGUUAUUGAACAAAUGUAAUGUUUUUUUGUAUAAUAUGUAAGGUCCUUUAAGAAAUUUUGUUUAAUUUUCAAUAUUCGUAUCGAUGCUUCGAUGUUGACAGCUAGUAACUGUCAGUUAUGAGAUAAUUGUACCAAACUGUCAUUAUCUUAGAUAAUAGGUGUCAAGACCUUACCAUCGAUAUACCUUUUAAUUUUUAUAUAAUUUUUUUUUAAUUUAUUAAUAUUGGAUUGAUUCCCAUGCAAUGAAAUGAACAUGCUGAUCAUUGAUAUGUAAAUUGACUCUUACUUGCAUUUCGCCUCUUACAGUCACUUUGAACCACUCUUUAUUUCAACGCUUUAACUCCGAGAUCGUCAUAAAUAAUAACAUAUGUUAUGCACUUUUUAUCUCUGUUGUUCAGAAUUUGUUUCAUAAUUACACCUCUGUGCCUUGUUUUUGUAUUGUAUGCGAGAAAUUUAGCAUCUGAAAUAUCUAUGACCCUUUUGUUUAACACAAGAUCAGUAAGAUCAAAACGUCUUAAUGUUGUUUGAUAAAAACUAAAUGAUUAUUCGAAUUUUCAAAUCUGUUCGAUUAGAAUUUCUAUUUUCACAAAUUAUAGGAAUGAGGGACACUUGUGCUGUUAUUUUGUUUAUCAGAAAAGCUCUACAAAAAUGUCAAGUGACUACUAAAUAACUGCACCGAAAUCUUUUUGUGGUUUUUCAAGAUAAUUUAAAACGAUUUUUGUUGGAUCCAAAGAGAUUCUAUUAAAUUUAACUGGUCUUAGCCUGACAGCUGUUAUGUAAAUAAGAACAAAAUAAAGUACUAAUCAGAUAUGAUGGUUUUUUAUUAAUAUUUGAGUUGGUCAACGAUCUCCUGUAAGUUCUAAGCUGUCACUUGUAUGGGAACAGGUAAUUUAUUAAAUAAAAAGCUUUGUUCCCGUACAUGUCAGAUUGCAGCAGGGUUACUUCGUAAUUCGAUUCGAAAGAAAAUGCAAAUUUGAAUUACAAUAUAUUUAGCAUUUUGAUUCGAACAUUUUCGCCAUAAUAACCUCAUUACAUGAAACCUACAAAUCUGACUAGUUCGAAAAUCGGAAAGUAGUUUUCAUUCGAAAAGCAAAAUAUUCAAAAUCCGAUAGAAAUUGAGAACUAUAGAUAGACUUAAAUGCAGAUGAUGCAAUCCAUAAGUAACAGUUGGAUAUAAUCCACGAAAAACCCAACUCCCCUGCUUUCCUCAAUUACUUGGGAACAAAGGAUCGUCAGAAGUUGUAGUAGUACCAUUUGUAAUUCAGAUUGUAUUCGUGAAUGCUGUUGUCAGCAACUUUUUGCAUCUGAAAACUAAAUUAUUCAAAUAUUUUUGACUUAAAAAGUGAUGGCUAUAAUUAUGAACAUACUAAAAUCUCAAGUCUGUAAAUCACAAAAAAUAAAUGUUCUUAGAGUGUAGGCACUUACUUCUCUUUUUAUAUUUAUAUCUAAUUGAGAAAACGGGCAUCGCAUUUUUGAAACGAUUAAACACUUAUACAGAAACACGAACGGAAAACUAUUUUAAAAUUUGUGUAUGAAAAACACUCAACAAUUAUUUGAAAACUGAGAGGUUUUCAUACAAAUUUUAAAAAAUAAAUUUUCUGUCCAUGUUUCUGAACCUAGAUAAAUACACAUAGAUCGAGAAACUCUACGGUCAAAGACCUAACUCAGUUGUUAAAAACCUAAGAAGUGAUAAUGUAUUAGUCAUAGAUCGGAAACUCUUCUUUCAGGGAACUAACUCAUUGGUCAAAAACCUAAGUGGUGAGAAUGUAUAAAAAAAAGGAUCGGAAACUCUACUGUCGAAGACCUUACUCAGUUGCCAAAAACCUAAGGGGUGAGAAAGUAUUAGUAAAACAAACUGAAUAAUUUCCUUACUCAUUCUUGAAAUGAGUUUCCAAACAAAUAAUUAACUAUUGUAAUUGAAUAAUCCAAAAUAUAAGUGGGGAUAGUGAAAUUGAGGAGAACAGGAAUAAACCUGCAACAGUUACAUCAACUUCGAAUUAAUUUAUUAAAUUUGAGCAUAAUUCACUAAAAUCUUAAUUUUGAAUUAAAAAAAAAGUUCGCAUUUCCAUCUUCUAAACCAUUUUCAGGGAACUAAUUCAUUGGCAUUAUUCAAGAACUUGCAUAGAAUGUAUUCUUUAUUCAUUAUUGAUUUAAUUCAAAUCUAAUACAAAUUGAAUGAAACUAUUUAGAAUUUUGUUUUUAAUCUUUUGGAAAAUGUAUAAAGAAACAUUGUCUAAAGCUAAUUUGUAAAGGAUUUGAUUUAAAGAAUAAUUAAAUGAUUCAAUAAACAGGAGUUAAUUUUCAAAGAAAUAAAUUCAAUAAGUUUGAAGCCUAUGCAUUUAUUCGUAAUAAAUGAUUUUAAGGAAUGCUCAAAUUUAAUUCAACUUUAAUUAAAUUCAAAGUUAAUGAAUUCUUUCGAACUUUUGCCUGGUAUUGGGUCCAACUAUAAUUUGAAUCAAAUUAUCGGGAUUUCCCAAACAAACAUAAAAUAACCACCCCUAUCGCGAAUCAACAUUUCACAUGAAAUAUGUUCCCUUCUCCCAUUUUUCGUUCAUCAACUUUGUUCACGUGAAAAAAUUCCCCAUGUUAUGAAAUUUUUAGAUGGAAUUUUGUAAACAAUAAACAGCUGUUACGAACAAAAUCAACUAUUGUGAAUGAAAUGUUUAGGGGAAUAUCACGAUAGAAAUUUUCCCUUCGAGGGGAAAUAGAUAUUUCAUGGGAACAUAAAUUUCACAUGUUUUUCACGAUAGGGGUGAACAUUUUCUCAAAAAUGUUGCCUUUUUCUGCCUUACAUUUCAUUUAUUGGACUUAGAUCUAUAACUAAUAGAGAAUGUUGCCUUGUUUUUUAAUUUGAUUAUCAGCAAAAUUAUUAAUAAAAAUUCCCCGGGAUAUUAUUCCCUUUUCUUAUUUUUAACAAUGAAUUUGACUAGGAAAAAUAGGAAAAUGGGAAAAAACUCCCAAGGAAUUUUUAUUCAUAAUUGGGCUGAUUAUUUUACAAUAGUUCCUUAUUGAAAAACCUUCAUUUAACCCCUCCUUAAUGCAUUUAAACCCACCUUAUUAUAAUCAUUUCUAUACAUCUACUUUUGUUAAACAAUAUUUAAUUAAAUUUUAAUACUGCUAAAUAAUAAAAAGAAAACGAAAAGUAUUUAUUUUGCCCAAAAAAACAAAACAAAAAAAGUUGAGGAACUAAACUUUAAGUCCAACUAAAUUGUAAAUAAAAUAACAUUUUUUCUAAAUUACUAUAAAAACCAAAUUUAUAUUGUUAAAUUAAAAACAUUUUUAGGUAAAUUCAGAAUAUUUUUUUUCACAAAUAACGAAAACGAAACCAAAAUUGAAUAUAAAUUAAAAUAAAUUAAAUUAAAUAAACUUUUCCUAUAUGCUAAACAAACUUAUAAAAAAAAUGAGAAAGAAAAAAUUAAAUAAAAUACAAUGACUCUAACCUACCAAUAUGUAAAAACACAAAAAUUAAAGGGAAUUUUUACUAUAUGGGCAAAUAAAAUAGUGCAAUGGCUUUCUCAUAAAUUUAGAUCCAAAGUCGUGUGGACAAUAGCAGCUGAAUGUAAACUGUUUUUAUAAAUUUUACCAUGAGUGGCAAAGGUAAACUUGUCAUUCCGCUUGUAAUUUCAACAUUUUUCAUUUCAUGGAUCCCAUAAAGAAUAUAUAUUCUUUCCGUCUGUAUUUUGAAAUCAUCAUUCCGUAUGCCCCAAAUAACUUAAAUACAUGAUUCAUACAUCAAUAUAUCCGCUAAAGUCCCGGUUAGGUUGCUAUUUAAAAUCUAGAAAAUCGACUCACAAAUGUCUGAGAUAUAAGCAAAAAACCAUGACUACCUCGAUUUUUGACCUUUUUUCUAUAUCUGGAUUACUAUAGCAUUAAUAUAGGCAAUAUGGAUAUUUAUAAAUAGAUAUUUCAAAGACCUUUCCAAAGACGUAUAUUAAGCCAUAGUAAUUCGGACCUACAAUGGGUCAAAAUCCAGGACAAAUAUUUUUUAAUCCGAUUUUUUUAUCACCCAAAAAUUUUGUUUUAUCAUAAAUUUUAUUGAACACUGUUUUAUUUAUUCAAAAUUUAUUUUUCAUUACAAAUUUUUUUACAAAAAAAUUUUUUUUUUAACAAAAAGAAUUUUGAAGGGUAUAUAAGAUUAGGUGCAGCCGGAUAUCUGCUGACUUAUGCUGAUAUUUUACUCAAUUUAUGGGAAAGUCAUUAGGCCUUUGAUUAAAAUGUCAAUAGAGCUGUCAAAUUUCCUUUUGUUUACAAAAUAAACUAAACUAUUAUUAUACCCCACAAUAAUAAAUAAUUUAUUAGUUUAACCAACCUACAAAAAUAAUAAUAAUAAAAGAAAGUUAAAAUAAAAUAAUUACAAAAUACCUAUAGCGUAAACUUAUACGACGAAUAUAGUUUUUAAUUAAUUAUACAUCAAUUACUUUAACAAAACAACUCUUUUUCUAAAACUAUCUCUCUCUAUCUAGCUCUUUCUCUCUUUUUGUGUAGACCACUAAUUAAACGUUUAAUCAAUUAUUUAAUUGUUUGAAUGUUGAUGAUAAUUAUUUAUUUUUUUUUUAGUGAGAAAGUUAAAAAAGUGAUUGAAUUGUAAUAAUAGUUCUAAUUAUUAAUUAAUGAUAAACUUAAUUGUAAAAAAUUGAUGUAAUAUUUUUUUUAAUAAGUAACUAUAUAUAUAAUUAUUUUUUGAAUUUUAUAUUUUGAAGGCUCAUUUAUGAUUUGAUAUUUAUAAAUUAUUCUUUAUAUUUAUAAUGGAAAAUAAUAAUUUUUUUAUUCUUAUUUAUAUUUACGAAUAGCAAACAAAAACAACAACAAGAAAAUAUAAAUAAAUUAAAUAUAAAACAAAGAAAAGAAAUUGAAAAGAA